ACCAAAACACAGGGGUUGUUUUAGUGUUAACCCCACAAUAAAUCGGACAUCUUUUUCAGAUAUCGCUUCGACUCCGUCCAGUAGACUUCCUGGUGAACUCUGUGGCUGCCAGAACUUCGACUAAGAUGGAGGACCCUGGUGGGACUGGAGCAGCAUCUGGGGCUCCAUCCCCAGCAGGUGCAGCCAAGUCAAAGCUGGACACGCUGUCCAAAGAUGACCUUAUCAAGUUUGCAAAGAAGCAGAUGGCUGUCAUGCAAAAGAUGAAGGGCAGAUGUGCAGAUUUGGAAAGAGAAGUUGAAUCCGUCAAAGAGCAAUAUAAAAACAAUAACAAUAGUUCAGAGGACUCUACUCUGAUACAGGAGCUAACUGAGAGGAUGGAUGCCUUACUACUGGAGAAGGCAGAAACUCAGCAAAGUCUUUUUCUAUCUCGUAAAGAUCUAGAGAAGGCUAAGCAGCAAGCCAAGGGUGAUCUGUUGAUGCUGCAAGGAGAGCUUGACCGUGUAAGAGAAGAUCACCAAAGAGAGUUCAAGAGCCUAGAGAGCAGAAUCGAGGAAUCCAACAGCAAACACCAAGAGGAAGUGGCUUGUUUCCAGAAAAUACUGAAAGAGCGGGAAGAAGAUGACAGGGAGAGUGAAAGAGAAAGAGAGAGGGCCAAAGUGAGCACUGAAGAGGUCCGCCUUUGCUUAGAAUCUCAGCUGGAAACUCUUCGAGCUGAACUAGAAGCGACCCACAAGCUAAAAGCCCAGGGGAUCGGUGAGCUGCAGGAGAGCCACCAAAGGGAGUUGACGGAGACUCAGCAGGAGGUGGAGAACCUGAAGGAGGAGCUGGCUCAGAAGACUCUGCAGCAUGAAGACGAGAUGAGGGCUCUGGAGGAGGACUGUGAAAUCGAGAGGGAGCGUCUCCUGCUGCUCCACGAGGAGCUGACCGAGCAGCUCGCUCUCAAAGACAGCUACCUGCAGGAUGUGCAGGAGGAAGACGAGGACCCGGCCCGUGGUUCAGGGAUUGCCAAAAUGCUGGAGCUGUCUGCCUGCAGCCAGGGUGACUCCAGCCAUGGCGAUGGGGACGAGACAGAGACUGGAAGACUGAGAGCAGCCUUGGAUGAACUUCAAUCCCAGAGCACCAUGUUACAGGACGAGCUCACCCUGCUCAGUAAUGUAAAGAGUGAACUGGAGGCAGAACUGGAAAAGGCAAAGGAUGAGUUUCAGAUGGAGAAAGAAGAGCUGGAGUUCAAAAUCAAUGAAUUGCAGAUGAACCGGGAAAGUGCUCCAAGUGACCCAUCAGUAACCCGGGACCCUGACCAACAGGAAGUCUCAGGAGACUUUCAGCAGCAGAGUGAAGCACACAAAGAUGGAAGUGAAUCAGCAAUCAGUCCUGUGGACCAAAACCCUUUGGAUCCAGAGGGGUUGAGGGCCCAGUGUGACGCCUUGACCAGAGAAAGAGACUCUGCUGUGAACGAGUGUCAACACAUGCGAGACAUACUGCAAGGCGUGGAGACUGAACUGGGUGAGAAGACGACAGAUUUUCUCUUUCAGUACAAAGCCAUGAAGGAGCAAGGGGUAAAUACUGUACGGGAACUCCAAGAACAGAUGGAACAACUCAGUCAGGAGAGGGAUGAACUGUUGGUGAGGGUGGCAGACGGUACAGAGGAGCAAAACACUCUGAUGAAGAACCUACAAGACCUGAGGCUGAAGCUUGAAGGUUUCGCCGAUGGGGACCAGAAACUCCAGUCGUCUGUAGAGGAACAAACACGUUUAGCCUGUGAGCUGAAGCAAUCUGUGGAGGAACUGACGAGGCAGAACGUGGAGAUCCUCUCCCAACUGCAACUGAAGGAACACAUGACUCAAGAACUGAGAGAGAUGGUCAACGCGCUGACUGCAGAGCGAGAUGAAAUACAGGCCCAGCUUCAGCACCGGGAAGAGGAAAUGCAAAAGCAGAACAACGAUAGAACAAAAGAAAUCGAUGGGAUGCUUCAGGAGAAAGAGAACGAGGCACUUUUGCACAGAGAGGAGAACGAGAAGGAUUUGAAAAGCCUGAAAAGGGAGAGGGAAAAGAUGGAGGAGAGCCUGAAAGAGGAGGUGGAAAGACGACAGGAGACAGUUUCUGCUUUCGAGCUGACCAUCAAAGAGCUCUCCACAGAGAAGGCUGACCUCCAACGAGAAUUGGAAGAAGCAUCUUCUGGGCUUUCCGAAGCAUGGGAAACGAGGGAGCUUUUGGGCUCCAAGCUGGCAUCCCUGGAGGCUCAGCUAGAGCAGGAGACGUCUGAAAAGAAUCGCCUAGAGGCAAAGUUGAGUUCACUGGCACAGGAGGCAGAUCAGGCCCGCCCCCCCAGCACAGCCCUGGAGGAAAAUCAUUCUGAAGUGCUCAAAAUCUCCACAGAGGAAGUUGAGGAGCUCCGAGCACGCGUGGAUGAGCUGCAAAGGGAAGGGGGGCUGUUGAGGAGUAGUCUUGAGGAGGCUCGAGGCGCAAUGGGAUUAGAGGAGGUGGUGAAGGAUCUCCAGGCUCGUAUCGCAGACCUGGAACAGGAGAGGAGCAUGUUGAGGAACAACCUGGAGGAGGUGGUGAAGGAUACGGAAGGGCUGCAAAACGACCUGGAGGAAAUGAAGUCAUUCAACGAGAAGUUUAAUGAGGAGAACCAGAGACUGCAGGCUCACAUUUCUGAGCUGACUCAAGAGAGGGAAGAAAAGGAGGAAGAGGAACUGGAGAGAGGGAUGGAGAAAGAGAGUAAAGAGCUCAAAGAUCAACUGACGGAGAAAGAUUCACUCGUGUCUCAGUUGAGGAGUGAAAUUGCUGCUCUCCAGGAGUCGGCUGCUCAGGCUGCUUCCUCUGAGGAAAAUGCAGCCAGUGAGAUCACAAAGAAAAUAGCUCUCCUGGAGAAAGAACACAAAGAAAAAGAUGGGAAGAUGAACAAAAUCAAGGCAGUUGCCAUUAAAGCAAAGAAGGAGCUGGAGACCAGGAAGAAAGAGGUUGCGUUACUCAAGAAGGGAGUAGAAUCCCUGAAGGCAGAGAGGGAGAAAGUGAGCAGCUCUAUGAAGGAUAUCAUCCAUGGUGCUGAAGGCUACAGGCAUCUGCAGAUAGAUUACGACAGGCAGACGGAGCAACUGGAUGAGGAGAGGGAAAAGGUGGAGGAGGCGGAGAGACGGAUGGCUGAGCUGACCAAACGACUCAGCAGUGCUGUCACACAGACAGAGACACUCAGCAGUGAGAAGGAGAACCUGCUGGCCUGUAUGGAGACGACAAGGAGCACAGUGAGGCAGCUGGAAGCUCAAAACCAGGAGCUGCAAAGACAGUCAACCAGUCUGGACCGGGACCUGCUGACUGAGAGAGCAAUGAAAGAACAGAAGAUGAAGGACUUGUCAUCUGCAACGAAGGAGGUUGAAGAGCUGACAGCACAGCUCCGCAAACAGCAGCAACAGUCUCAGCAGACUGCCCAGGAGCUGGGGCAGCUACGCAAGGGGGCGCAGCAGAGCUCUCUGCUGGACAUGGAGAUGGCCGACUAUGAACGCCUGGUGAAAGAACUCAAUGUCAAACUCUUAGAGAGAGAUGAGUGUGCUGAGAAGUUAAAGGCCCAGAUAAACACCUUGACCCAGAAGGAGGACUCACUCAAACAGGAAAUUGAGGCUUUGAAGUCCCAGCUGGACCAGGGGGAGGAGAAAACCUUCCAGAUGAAACAGCUGCUGGUGAAGACCAAGAAGGACUUGGCUGAUGCCAAGAUGCAGGAAAGCUCCCUCAUGAUGCUGCAGGCCUCUCUGAAAGGAGAACUGGAGGCUAAUCAACAGCAGCUGGAAAACACCAAGAUCGAGAUGUGCGAGCUCACGGGCGAGCGACACCGUCUGCAGGAGCAGCAGAGGUCUGCGUUGGAACAGCAACAGAGAACCAACAGCUCCUUGCAGCUGCGCAUCAACAUUCUGCAGCAGGAGAGAGAUGCUGCUAAGACAGAGCUCAUGUCAACAACUGGCGAGUUUGACGGUUAUAAGGUGCGAGUCCACAAUGUGCUCAAACAGCAGAAGAGUAAAACCGCUGCCCAGAGUGAAGGAGACUCUGGCAAAUUAGAGAGGGAGCAGUUGUCCUCGCGAGUAGAGCAGCUGAGGUCCAGGCUGGCAGAGAGUCAGCAGAGCCUCCAGAGCAGCACAGCAGAGCUGCAGCAGCUCCAGACCGAACACGACACUCUGAUGGAGAGACACAACAAGAUCCUCCAGGACGCCGUCAGCAAGGAGGCCGAGCUCCGUGAGAGACUGCUGUCAGUGCAGUCGGAGAACGUGGCUCUGAGGUCGGAUGUGUCCCAGGCUCAGUCGGACCUGUCUUCCCAGGUGGAGGCCCAGCGCCACACCUACAGGGAGCAGCUCAGGAAGCUGCAGGAUGACCACGGGGCCACCGUGGAGACCCUGCAGGGCCAGCUGACCCGUGUCGAGGAGCAACUCUUCUACUUGCAGAGCCAGAACAGUUCAGUGGCGAUCCAGUCCGGCCGGAAGUCCCUGACCUCAGACCCCCAGCGUAGAAACAUGGAUCAGAACCAGGCGGGUCUGGGAAUGAUGAUCCUCAGUGACCCCCGUUCUAUGGCCAGAGAGGAGGGCGAGGGAAUGGAGACCACUGAGACUGAGAGCCCGUCCUCUGCUCUUUCGCCGCUGCCCUCUCUGGAGCAGCUUCUCGCGUCCCCGGACCCCAAACAAGAGCCUUUCGUGUGGACGGUGGAGCCCACCAAAGAAGAGCUCAGUGUCAAGCUGAGCACAGCCACGCGCGGCAUGGAUCAUAUGAACAGCCUCCUGCAUGAAACCGAGGCCACCAACGCUGUUCUCAUGGAGCAGAUCACCUUGCUGAAGAGUGAAGUACGUCGUCUAGAACGAAACCAGGAGAGGGAGAAGAGUGUGGCCAACCUGGAGUAUCUGAAGAACGUCUUGCUGCAGUUCAUCUUCCUGCAAUCUGGCAGCGAGAGGCAGACACUUCUGCCCGUCAUUCACACAAUGCUGCAGCUCAGUCCAGAGGAGAAAAGCAAACUGGCUGCUAUUGCACAUGGUCAGGAAGAGGGGUCCGGUUCUCGGGGUUCAGGCUGGAGCUCCUAUCUUCAUAGCUGGUCUGGGAUCAGAUAGACUUGAUCAAAAAACCCAACAAAAACAAAUAAGAGCACAGUGCUUAGCAGUUACUGGGCCAUUUUCUGUGAAAACCGCACUAAGCAGUGAUGCAACACAUUCAAAGGAGUGACAAAAGUUGAAGGUUAACUGGGGCAUUUACUCAAUUUGGGAUACUCCAUAGAAGGGACCAAGGAAUGAGUCAGAAAAUAGUGGGCAGUAGACAUGACAUGAAUAUUGAUUUGAAUUUGCAGUGCAAUAGUUGCAUGUGUCUCUUAGCAGUUAAAGUUAGUGACACAUAUGUUAUCCUUACUCUUCCUUUUAUACAUGUUAUUUAACAUCUCCUGGACAUUUCUUGAAAUAAAGCUCAUAAGGCAUCAUUAGUACGGUGCAAAACAUUGUAGAACCUACAUGAUGUGCACACAUUGUGAAAAGAGGACUUGAUCAAGGGGAUAACUAAUAGCAUGAAAUAAUCUUUGAUUACUUUCCAAGAUUUGUCUAGCACAGAACACAAUUCUGGAGUUUUAGCAUAUUUGGUUUGCUUCACAUUGCUUUCAACAAUUUUAAAGGUCAUUUUUUGUGGUGUGUCUUAGAGGCAGCUUUUUAAAAUUUCUUCAGUAUGAAAUUUGACACUUGCUCAAUACAUCCCAGUAAGUACACAUGUUGUUACUAGUUUUUGUCUGGAAGGUAAACAAGACAUUACGAUUAGGCAUUAAUGCAACAUGCUCUGGAAAACAAUCAGUGGUGAAGUUAAGUAUGUGUGAAUUGUUAAAUGGGCGAAAUUAUGUAUGACCACUGCUGUGGUCUGUUUAAGUCUUUCCAGUAUGUCUGUCAUUUUGAGUACAAAGGAGUAGAAAGCAUAUUUAUACUUUUUCUGACUGCUUUUUGCAGUGUUUCCUCAAUUCCUUGCAUUCUAAAACUAGGAGCAGUUAUCAUUUUCAGUCCUUGAGUUUUAAAUUCAUCACAUCCUGUCGAGAUGGUUGAUUUCUGACUUUGUUCUGGUUACUGUGUCAGCAGUUGUUAUUAUUUUGUUGUGGUUGUUAUUUAAUGUACAUUUAUUAUUUCAAUGGUUCAAUCUAUUUUGGAAAUACGUUGUGGUUGUGUUGCUCAUUGUGUUUCUGUAAUCACCGGACAUGAAAUAUUUGUUGCAAUUUUAUCUUACGGCAUCUAACCAGGACCUCUGACCUCCCUGUGCAGGUCCCCCCCCCCCCCCCCCCUGAUAAACACACAUCCACCAACUCGUCCAUCACAUUGCUCAAGUCCUUCCAAUAAAGAAUAACAGAUAACUGGCCUGUUAGUUCUUUCAUUCCAGUAGCAGCUUUUGUGUGUGUGAUUCCUUCAGCACAAGUGAAUGUACUUUUAUCUAAGGCUUUUGUAAAUGUAUGAAGGUUAACAUCAGAAGGAGCUAUGAGUUAUUAAUGUAUCUAUACAAUUGGAUAUGUAUAAAAAUGAAUGAGCAUUUAAAAGAUGUGAACAACUCUAAUUUGUGGGUUCUUGUUAUUUCCAGCUGUAAAUUAAAAUAAAGACACAAUGGAUGAGAAGGUU